GAUGAACCGAAGGAAACGAGUGUUUUUCAACGGCGACAACAACUCCGCUGUUUCAGCGAGAAGCAAUCCACGGGACGAAGAAAAAAAGUGUCAUUACUGAAUAAUGGCACCGCCAAAGGGGAAAUCAAAAGGCCGACUCUGGAAGAAACAAAUAAUAGGGCCACGUUAUAGCUAUCAACAACGUCCUAAGCGACAAAACAUUCCACGCCGAGUACAGACUCUUUAUCAACCCACGAGUGUACGAGAAAUGGUGUACAGGCUGCUCAACAGCAAACAUAACCAAGGAAAAAAGCAAAAAGUCCCUGGAGGCGGCAGGUUUCACGGAAGCAUGCGGAAAUACCAAAAUACACGAGAGUCCUCAUACGAUAGUUCGCCCCAUCGCGAUAGCUCGCCGUCCAUUCAGGACUCAGAGUACACAAAAUCCGUGGCAACGUCCGUGGAGAACUUGUCGAGAGAGAUGGAAGCCACUAAUAGCUCAGUAGUCAGCAGCUCUGACGACAGCAGCGUUUCGAAUGUCUCCAUGGAACCGAUUGCUCUCGCGAAGACGAUCGAUAACACUAGAGCCUUGCUGAAGAAAAAAUCUUUCGUUCAGGUCAUCAACAAUUACAUCAAGGCCGGAAUAGAGGAAGGAAAACGGCAAGCGAAGAAGUACAUCCGCAAGGCACUUUCCUUCGGCGUGAAAUCCGGUUACCUAAUUCCUGCUGGUCCACAAGGACAAGUGAUACGAGUAUCUCCAACGUUGAUAGAAUCGAAGAAGAGUGACAUAGAAUCACGGAAAAGACGAAGGAGGGCCAGAAGAGGUGAAGAAGACCCGAUAGCUGAUGCCCAGAAACGGCGUCGAUUGACCCCUCCUUGGGACACGAAGAACAUCACACGCCGUGAAAAUACACCAAAUCCGGAAACUCCGCCUCGAAAAAGAAGGAAGACCUCGAAAAAUUCGAUUCAGGCGAAGAAGAGUCCCAGGAAGAAAACCAUGGAACGUACUCCACGGGAGAGCAGAAAAAGGAGAACUAGGAAAGGAAAAAAAGAUAAGUUAAUAAUAUCAACGCUGUCCAAGAGCCCGAGCAACAAAAUCGAUGAGACUCAGAAGAAAAUAAGAAAUACGCGAAACUCGUACAAAUACGAUGUGGGCAAGGGAAAAGAGGAUCACAGAAAUCGCAGGGCUAAGUCUUCCCGUUCAAAAAAAGGAGAUAAUGAGAAUUCGAAAGAGAAUAAACCAGACUCGAGCAACGAGGAUGCAUACAACGCGGAAUUGAGCGAAAACGAAGAAAUCAACGAAAGAAUGGCGAUAGUACGACAGAAAUCGACGACUAGUCCAGAGGAUGCUUUGCGAAAUAGCAACGGAUCAUCCGGAAAUCCAGGGAAAAUCGUCGAAGAAAAGUUGGAUGCCUCCUAUGAAGAAAAUAACGAGAACGAUACAAUUGAGAAUUUGGAUUAACUAUUUAUUGUAGAAUUUAUUUAGAAAAAAGUGAAGAAAAUGUUGUAAAAGAUUUCUACACAAUUUUGAAAUAUUAAAUUUAAAAGAAGAAGCUUUUUAUAGAGAUUUAUUGGAUAUCUUUUAA